UUUUUUUUUUGAUUUUUUUUUUUAUUUCUUCUUUCCUUGUUAUACUGUUAAUGUUUAGAAAUACAUUUCAGUCGGGUUUCCUUUCCAUUUUGUAUAGUCUUGGGAACGAACCAUUACAGUUAUGGACGAUACAUACAGACGAGUCUAGUCAAGACAAAGACGACUCGAAUGAUAAUAACCAGCAAGUAUCCAAAGUCGAACGAGUACAAGACACCAUGAUCAGUUCCAAUGUGAUCGAACUGGUAUGCAACAACCACGCUAUUGCCAACACGUACAUUACAUGUCCACCAUUAGGUAAGGGAAGGCAUCGAACAACGCUUGGGAUCAAACUUCCGUAUCUUGUAUUUAUUGUCAAGAAUUUGGAUCAGUAUGUCUCGUUUGAAGUCCAGGUGGUAGAUGACAAGCAACAAACUCGACGCUUCCGAUGCUCAAAUUAUCAACUGGAGACACGUGUCAAGCCCAUCAUUACCACCAUGCCUUUGCGAUUGGAACCCGGUUGGAAUCAAAUGGUCAUGGAUCUUCCUGAUCUGGUCAAACGUGCCUAUGCCACUACUUACUUGGAAACCGCUCGUGUCACCGUCCAUGCUAACUGCCGUUUACGACGCAUUUACUUUGCCGAUCGCCUCUGCUCAGAAGAUGAACUACCUCCUGAAUUCAAACUCUUCCUUCCUGUUGAUAAGAACAGCUGAUCAUUGCACACAACACACAUACAUACACAUAGACAUACGAUUUAAGAUGCUUUCACUGUCU